AAAGAUAAACAUAUUAAAGUUUGUCGCAAAACUAGUAAUCAACAGAAAUUAGACAUGUACAACCAGAUCGCUGAAAUGCUUAGCUUUUUAUAAACUAGGUACAUAACAAGCAACAUAAAGCAGAUUGUAUUAUACAUUAAAAGUGAAAAGUGAUAAAUUUUAGAGAAUUAUUUUGCACAUAUAAUUUUAUACACUAUACAGCGUGUGGCAUUAGUGAAAGGAAAAAUAUCCCAAAUGUGCACAUAAAUACCCCCAGUUGUUGUGAAAUUGUGAAAACACUCAUUUUUCCAUCUUACCGAAUCGGGGCCUUCCUAUUUCUGCUCCCGAGCUGGACGGACCUAUAUAUUAUGAAAUUUUCAUUAAGUCUAUUAUCUUGAUCAAGUGAUUACCUAGUAGGUAUAUGUAUGAAGACAAUAAAACGAAAAAGAAGAGGUAUGUGACUUCAAUGACAUUUGAAAUUGUCGUACACGUAUGAGGACUAUAAAACGAAAAAGAAGAAUUUGAAUUAAAUGACAUUUGAAGUAUAAACAAAAGUGAUUAGGUUAUUUUUAGUAUGUUGAAUUUUUGUAUAAAAUAGGCAUUAUUAAAAAGAAAAUGCUCACACCAAGAUUCAAAUUAUCACAAGAUGAUAGAAGUAUAACAAUAGAAAUUAGAGCUCCUUAUUGUUCAUUGCGUGAAUUACAGGUGGAAGUGGAUGAAAAUGUGUUCUUAUUUUUCUGCAAACCUUACUUUCUGAGACUGUUUUUACCUGGAAAAUUAAUUGAGAAUGAAAAUUACAGGAGUUCUUUUGAUUGUGAUUCAGGUGAAUUUACUUUUACUUAUGACAAAGCAGAAUAUGGAGAGCAUUUUGAAGACCUUGAUUUUAUAACCAAAUUUUUGGUUACCAGAGUUGAAACUACUUAUGAGAAUAAACCAAAUAUUUUAGUUAUCGAUAAUGAAGCUAAAUUACCUAAUGAAAGCGAUUUAUCUCAAGGAUUCGGUUUUGCAUUAAUGGGGCAUCGCAACUUUGUAGCAGUAAGUUCAGAAUUCAGUGAAGUUUUUGAAAUAGAUCCUAGUGAAGUCAAUUUAAAAGAGAGACGAAAACUAAGAUUACAAUUUGAGCAAGGAAAGUUCGACAUGGGCCAUUAUUUAGCAGAUUAUAUAGAAAAUGAAGAUAUUCUGAGUCUGUUACAAUUAAAGACUCCUUGGAACGAUAUAAAAGAUGAUGAUAUAACUUUCAGUAACAAAGAACUAGACUUCUUAAAAGAUUUGCCAAACAUAAAUUAUGAACUGUCAGAAUUACAAAUUAAGUAUGUUUUUAAUGGGUUAAUUGAUAUUUUGUAUGCAUAUUGUUAUGACGGACGAACUACAGACUAUGAUACUAAUUCAGAAUCAGGAUGGACUAUAGUUAAACUUUCUGCAACAUUAUGUUGGCUAGAUGCAUUUGAUAACACCAAAGACGUUUUAAUUUCAGCUUUCAGAAGAAGCGUUACUUAUCCACUAUUUAGAAAUUUUGAAUUGAGUUUAAAAGUGCUAGAAGAUUUAAAACAAUUAUUAAAGUUGAGUGACAAAUACAUAAUAAAAUGUCUGAUCCAAAUUUACUAUAUUUUUUUGGGAGGCGAUUGUUGCAGAUACAUUUUAAAUAACUUAUUUAUUAAAGAUUACAUAAUAUACAUUAUUAAUUGGGACAGAAACAGAUGGAGAGAAUUUUUGAAAGAAGUUGAUUCUUUGGAAAUUAAAAAAGAAGAACUAGGCUUUAAUCUGUUUGAAAUUGAACAAGGAUUUACCUUGGAAAAUAAAAUGGAAAAUUUGAAAAUUUCUGUUGUAAGUGAUGAUAGUGAUGAUGAAUCCUCAGAAUCAAGUGAUUCAGAUGAUAGUAGCGAGUCAGAAACUGAAUCGAGUAAUGAAUGUCAAUCUAAUACUGAAACAGUUGGUGGAAAAGAAAAAUACAUUACUACUGAUCUUUAAACAAGGUCUCUAUAUUGAAGUUUAACAUUGUUGAAACUCGAUGUUUUAAGGUCCUUGAACCCUUCUUAAUGCUCUAAGAAUCGAUGAUUGUACUUAUAAGGAUCCUUCUUCAAUAGUUGCAGCACAUUAUGUAACAUUAUGAUUUUGGAGAAUGAGACCUUACCAGUUUGGCUUUUUAGCAAAUUUGCAUUUUUGUUAUAGCAGCAAAAGUAUUAACAUAUUCUCAUCAAUUUUAUGAAAAUGAUUUAGAAACAUUGGGGAUAGCAAAAUGGAAGUAGAAUAUAUAUCCUAGAGUUCUUUCAUUAAAAAAUUUUGACAAAUUAUGAGUUAUGUAUUAAUUUUGCUAGGAGUAUAUAUAGUGUGAAUUAUAUUCCAAUAAGACUUUAUUUUAAAUUAAAAUAUCAUAUAAUUUUCAGUAUAGGUAUUAAUAUGAAAAUUUUAAUCUGUAAUUAUAAAAAUAUGUAUUAAAAUAUUUUUUUCAUACUGAAA